AGAUAGCUCCAAAUGUACUGUACGAUUGUCAGCGUACUCACUUUGCGGUGAUUCGUGGUGCAUUGUGGUGAAUUGUGGUGAUCUGUGGUGAUUUGGUGAUGUGAUUGACAUAGUGGUGAUUCACGAUUGAACGAGAAUGUGAUUGUUAAUGUUAUUCAAUGGAUACAUUUAUUGUGGUGUGGCUGCUACUGCCGAUGGCGCUAUGCGGUGUGCUCCGCGACUCAGAGGAGGGGUAUGACUGCAGGAGCUACACCUACCACGGCCUGGAGUACCUGGACUGUGCCGACAGGGGACUGACUGACUUGCCAGAGAACAUCAGUUAUGAUGCUCAUGUGGUACGACUGGCCAACAACAACUUCGUAUCUUUCCCAGCGCUUCUAGAAAAAUUCCAGAACGUGGAAAUACUAGACAUCUCCGGAAACCACCUCACCGGACCCCUGCCCACCUACAUGGAGAGCUGGAAGAAUUUGAACACUCUCAACUUAUCUAACAACAACUACGACUCCUGGAUAACCACGGAAUUCGAGAUAAGUGCGAGAAAAAUAGACUUAUCGAAGAACAAAAUUAAUCGCGUCGACGAGGACGCCUUCGUCAGGAUGAAUAAUUUGAAUUUUUUAGACUUAUCGGAAAACAGAAUUUACGAUCUCCCGACCACGGUGUUCGCUCAGGCGAUCAAACUGGAAAUACUCAUUCUUUCGAGGAAUUAUUUCAAUAAAGUGCCGAAUUUUCAGUCGUCGUCGCUGAAGAAUCUGUAUCUCUCCAACUGCCAGAUAAUAUACGUCGACGUGAAGGCGCUGACGACCAUGCAGUCGCUGCUGGAACUCGAUCUGUCGAUAAACCAGAUCGAAUACAUUCCUGACAAUCUGGCUUCAUACUCCCUGCAGGAGUUGGACUUGAGCUACAACGAAAUUAACACUAUCAACGAUCGCACUUUCUCGUCACUACCGCAUUUGGCGGUUUUGGAUUUGAGAGGGAACGAGUUCAAGGAGGUAUGGUCUACUUCACAUUUCGCCUCAAAUCCUUUUUUGAGGGAGGUUCUGGUGAAAGGAAACCGGUGGAGCUGCGAGGGUUUCAGCGUAAACCUUCUCCUGACCUAUGAAUUCCUGACGAAAGAUCCUCCCAAGACUUCAGACAAGGGAUCCCUGAUAUGCUACUCGCCCGCCAACGUGACGCAACUCAGCUGGCAGCAGGCGUACAUACGAACUUGGCAUGCGGACGAAAACUCCGCGGAGUCCUACAUGUUCGUAGCGGUUAUGAUAGGAGUUAUAAUAGGUAUAAUUAUAACGUCGUUUGUGUGUCGCGGUAUUAUGAUAUGGAAUAGAUCGGAAGCGGAGACACCCUCUUCGGAGACGACUAUCCUCAAUGGCAGUGCUGUGCAGGAUCGGGCUGAUGCUGUCGUGUUGAGGAUUCCGUUAAGGGAAGACCUACCUCCUACUUAUGAUGAGGCGUUGUUGAUGCCUCGCCUCAACAGCUCCUUUCAUUCGUUGCCAGAAAUUAUUGACGAGGAGGAGGAAGAUAUUAGGCGGCAACGAAGGUCGAGGUCUAUCGGUGAUUUAACUGAAAUGAGACCCAGAAUGUCGGAUAGACGAUCCGUCAGACGUACUGUUGCAAUCCACAUAAAUUAGGUGAUUUAUAAUAUUUUAUGUGUAUGGGCAAACGCUUUA